UUCCCCCUCUUUUUCCCUCUCUCUCUCUCUCUCUCUCUCUCUAACCCACCGUCUUCGUUUCCACCACUCUCUCUCUCUCUACAAAUCGCAUACUUUUCUGCAAUCUGAUCAAACCACCAUCCAAUUAAAGCAGCUAUCUAUGGGGAAGUACUUGAGGAAACCAAAAUUAACCACUGAUGUUGUUGCACAUAUGGACCUCUCACAGUCCUCUCUUGGUGUUCGAACAAGAGCCAAAACCCUAGCCUUGCAGAAACUUCAAGCUGCUGGAAUCACCCAAUCAACGCCGCCGGAACGACACUGUGAGCUGUCGUAUCUCCAGCUUCGUAGCCGUAAGCUCGAAAAGCCACCGUGCUGCAGGCAACAAAACCCUAAUUUGGUGGUUCGUUCGGGUGGUUCAGGUUCAGUUGGCCCCGGUUCGGAUAAUGUGAGUGUUAGGGGUUUGGAAGAGGUAGAGGCUGUUUGUGAUUUUGGUUCUGAAGAAACUUCACUUGGGGAAAAUAAUGUUGAUUUUGAUGGCAUACAGAGAGGCACCAGGGAAAGCACACCUUGUAGCUUCAUAAGGGGCUCAGAUGACAUUACCACCCCCGGUUCGAGUACAAAGCCUACGGACAGACAUGCUUCUAAUCGGAUUAUACCUUGCGCACACGAAAUCGAGGAAUUCUUUGCUUUUCAUGCACAGGAACAGCAACGGCUUUUUACUGAGAAGUACAACUUUGAUAUUGUGAAUGAAAAGGCGCUAAAAGGGCGUUACGAAUGGGUGAGAGUGCAACCCUGAAUGUAAUAACACAUUGGAGGAUAGCAUAAGGAAGGAAGUAGGUAGGAGUGAUUAAUGAUCUCUAGUGUUAUGUAAAGUGCAAACAAAAUAGUUGUGUAAUCUAAUGAUCUCUCCAAGAUAACAGAGCUGAUGAAGUUGCACACUUAACAUAUUAUUAUUAGGGUAGAUUGCAAGUCAUAAAUAAUUGCUGGAAUUGAUGUUCAUUGUUGAAAAGUAUGCAUGCCUUGAUGCUGUAAUGGUUGUUCCUCAAAAGCUUAUCUAAUAUGAGUUAACUGGAGCCGAAAAAAAAA